UGUGUUGUGCGUUUGCCGAGUCAAGGUGUUAUUGGUGUGCAGUGCGAUAAUCCACCAGUGUACCGUAAUCUAGCAGAAUACGAGAGAUGCGACAACUGACAGCUGGGCUGCUCCUGGUGCUCCUCACUCUAGCAGGAGCGGAAUGGCACGAGAAAUUCAGGUCCUCUGAAUGUUACAAGCAUGGCCUUGACGAUCUUGAAGACCGCAUGCCAAUCAACCUGGGAAACUUCAUUGCCUUGGUGGAGAAGUAUGAGAAUCAGCACAACUUUAUCUACCCUGAUACCUUAGCUGAGGCUCUCUUGUUGAGGUACAAACUGGACGGCAUCACAUAUCAGUCCACCAGCAACAACGUUCCAUGGGCAACUAACGAGCUGGUGGAGGUAGAGAAGCAGGACAUCAUCACUAAGGCUCUGGUGCCUAGUGAGACUGUGCCUGCUGAUACCUAUGAGCCUCGUGAAGAGUGUUCGUUGCACUUCAUGCUGUCACACAGCACCGACACCUACCCACACCCUGGCCUCGACUACGUGUGGCAAAACUCAAGGCGGAGAAGGUCUGAAGCAAUAUUUCCAGAGCAGAAUAUCUUCACAGGCCAGAAGAUAUUAGCUAAUAGUGGACAACCAGUUGCAAGGAUAACCAGUACCAGUGUUAUAUUCAGGAGUGCUGCCCAGUCACGUUACUCAUUACCAGAUAACAUCCAACCAGCCAACCACCCCAUUGAGAAUGGUGUCAUCUGGACCCCUUAUGGACCAGUGGCCCUGGGUACCCUCCUAUCAGGUAUUAUGGCAUCUGACAAAACUGGUGAAUCCUCCAUCAGCCAGAUAUUGGGUGAAACUCAAACAAACUUCAUGCCUGUCGAGAUGAAAAACAAGCGCCUUAACCCUCUGUACAUCUCUGCUUUAGCAGGUGAUAUUGGACAGUCAGCAGUCAUAGGAGCCAUGGCGACCACUACAGGGAACGAAAUUUAUCUUGGCCCAAAUGGACGAUUCUGCAAUUUGACUGCAGCCCCUAAGCUGUUCACCCUUGCCAACAAUUACAAUGGCAUCACUUCCUACCUCUCUAGAGCAGAAAUUUUUGGUGGUAUAGAUGGCUUGCUCAUAGCAACACUUCUGCAGUCGUCAUCAUCUUCACAAAUGAAGCUCUCACAGAUCUUAAGGAUGUACUACAGUGAGCAUGGCCUACCCAACAACCAAGACCAACGUGCCUGCAACAGGAUGAUGGCUUACAAAGAACUUGAUGCUGACAAAAUUAAAGAACAGGCUUUGAACUUCAUGUAUGCUUAUAGUGAUAAAUUUCCUGAAGUCAAGCGAAUGAUCACAGAGUACCAAGACCAUUUCAGUGGAAUAGAAAGCAGCUUCAAGUCUGCCCUCAACAAUGUAUGGUCAUCAUUCACCUCAUUUGUAGGAAGCUAUGACUACACGGACUAUGACAGGUGCCCCAUAUACAGCAAGAAAGAUGUCAAGUGUGAGAACAAAGUGGAUCUAAUUAUGGUAUAUGGCCACGAGGGUGGAAUAUACGAGAUGGAUAAGCAGCGGCAGUACAUCUCGCUCCUGGGAACAAUGCUUAGUGUGAGUGUGGACAGAUCACGUCUGGGUGUACUGGAUGGUAAAAGUGCUCAGUGGAAGUUCCCAUUGACCAACUUCAGUAAUGUAGCAGACUGGGGUAGUAACUACACUGUAGAUGAUAUUGGCAGCUAUGGGUCAGGCUCAGAUAUGAUGGCUGUGUUGAAAGAGUUGACUGCCUACUACACCAACUUCUACACUAAACUCCAUAGUGAUGGCAAGAAUGCCUCGGCUCACUCACAGGUGGUGCUGUGGAAUGUACCGGGUAGUAUACCAGAUCCCGAUACUUUCCUGGAUCUGCUGUCUCAAUUUAGGCAACGUUUCCCAGAUGUAUAUUUCCUGUUGGUUGGCAAGAGCAAGAACAGCUUCAUUGAUAUGCUGGUGGACCCAAGUACUGACUUCUUCACCAACAAUGUACAAGAAAUAGAAGUAUUUGCUGCAACAUUAGCUAAACGGAUUUGUAAAAUUCCUUCUGUAUUUGUGUAUCCUGCAUGUGAUACCUACAAUUCAAACUUCAGCAACUAUCAAGAGGCAACCCAUGUAUACACCGGUUAUGUGUCUCCCAAUUUCACAACAUACAUUAAGAUUGCCCCACAAAACUUCCGCUUCUCAGGCUCCCUCAAGUUAAAGGUUAGUAAUGCUGAUGUCUCAGUCUGCAGCAGUAGGGAGAGCAUGACUGUAGACACUACUGCCAGUGACUAUGCAUGUGUUACUGGAGGCACUGAUAUGGAGUGGACGGAACUGUGUGGACGCUAUCUGGUGGAUUGCGCCCCGAUUUUCUUGUCUGUGACAGGCCAAACAGCUCUCGGAACUUAUUGUCAAGAUCAGGAAUGCGAGUACCCAAACCAGAUAAAGUUUGAGAUACAUCACGAAGGCAUGACUUGUGGGGCAUGGUAUGCCACAUCAUCCCUACUACUGAUGGCGUUUGUAUGCAUCGUGCACCUCCUUUGUACCUAAUUCCUGAAGAAGUACCUUAAGUUUUUAUCUUCCCCUCCUGCCCUUUCAUUCAGUUUCAAAUCAUCUAGAAAUUUUUGGUACCCAACUUCCCUUUUAUAAUUACCUGAAAAACCUUUAAAUCUUUUAACGGCUGUAAUAUAACCCACAUAAAACAGACUGGGUACUUAAACAAGUGUAAUUGUAAACACUGCAUGCUAUAAUUUCCAAAAUUUUAAUUGAGUGAUUCUUGCCCCACCUUUCAAUUUUCCCCCAAAAAUUUGGAGAGGUAACAUUGCCACAGUGGAAAUUAAACUUCUUAAAACAAUAUUCCAUCCUUGUCAAUCUUUGUAAUUUCUUUUACAUAUCAUUCCAUAACACUUUCACCAGUCUGUCAAGAUAAUAACUUUAUUAAAUAAUUUACUGGUAUUUAAGUACAAUCUUCAACUAAUUGAAAGAACAUAGCUAUGCUGUACAGUACUGUACAGUAUAUGUGAAUUCAUUUAAGUUCCUACUAAGUUAAUACCUGCAAUGUUAACUAAUUGGACAGCUUGUGUGAAUAUUUAAACUAAUUAAUGUAUUUAUUUUUAAAAGUUUGGAUGUCUGUCUUGAGAUUUCAUUAUACAGUAAGUGAAAACAUUACCAUUUAAUGAAAACAAAGGCUGCUUAAAUAUCAUAAGAUAAAAGGGUUGUUGAUAUUUUAGUGUACAAGGUAAUUCCAAUUAAGCUGUUGUAGGCUAAAUGUUUUGUAUGUGAUUGCUGUACAGUCCCCUUCACUAGGGCGUUUACAGGGGCUCGUCAUAUAAACAUUCCACAAAUCAUUAGCUUUGAUAAAUUUGUUUUAAUAUUGCUUUAAUUUGAUUCCAUAUGUUUACUAUUGCAAGUUUCAUUCUGUCGACUAUAAACAAACACAAUACUGCCACGCUGCACAAAAUCUGACGAGCCGCUGUAAAUGCACUGGUGAAGGAGUCUGUACCUUUUAUUGUAUGAACAAUAAUAAUGAUAGCGAGAGACUAGGGUUUUGAUGUUCAAGCUUGUAAGCGUCCAGGUUUUAUACAAUUAUCAAUAAAAAUGUCAUUAA